GCAGGGCUCAAGGUACUUUACAAAGGAGGAUAAAUAUUUGUUUCCCCAUUUCACAGAUAGAAAAACUGAGGUGCAGAAAAGAUGAGGUUUCUAUUGAAGCUAGUGGCAAAAUCAGUAGCAGAGCUGGAAGAAGUACCCAAGUCACCUGAGUUCCAGUUUUGUGCUCUGUCCAUUGGACCACAUUUUGUCCUGGCACAGCACAUUGCUAAUUACCAUUCUUGUCACUCUGGUUUGUAAAUAUAGGAAUCUCUGCAUUACUAUUAUCAAAAUAACUAAUAAUGCAAACAUAAAUCACAAUAGAAAAAGUGAUGAUUAUAAAGGAAAAAUUAUACCCCUUAUUCACCGUGAACAAAUGGUUUGAAUCCACCUCAUUUAUAGUAGUUUGGACAGCUUUUGACAUAAAACAAGAAUGUAAUGCACAUGGUAAUAGGUGUGUCUAUCUAAUCUGGUCUUUCAGUAUCAGCAGAAGCAGGGAAAGUAUCUCUCAGUUUAUCAUAUAUACCACAGUGAUAAAAGGUUUUGAGAUUCUCUACACUGCUAUAAUAAAAAGAGGAGACAGUUUAAAAAAAUAAGGUCACCUCUGAGGCUCAUGAAAGAGAUAUUAAAAGAAAGAAAUGUAAUUUAUUUUCAAUUUUUCAAGUCUCCGAAGUGACCAUUAAAAAAAUUGCACUGUACUGGAAAGUGCAGCAAACUUAAAAGCUGAUGCCCUGGCUGCACUAUAUGGCCAUUAAUCCUUUGUUACUUCAAGGUUAGAUUACUGCAAUGCACUCUCCAUGGGGCUGCACUGUUCAGAAAUUGCGGAGUGUGGUGGCCCAUGUGUUAAGAAAAGCUUAUAUUUACUCUGAAAUAUAAUUUUAUGUAUGUAUGUAUAUUUCUGUAGCACCUAGGAACCCUAAGCAUGGAACCUACUGGGCUUGGUACAGAAGCAGAACAAAAAGUCCAACUGUUCAGGGUGAAAUUUCUGGUGUUUAUCCUCUGAUUACCUUCCCUAUAAAGCCAUAAAUCAGCCUUGAUAAAUUCUUCACCUAAAUGCCCUGAGCAAAAAAAAAAAAAAAAAAGGACAAACCAAUCAUAGGGACAAAGGACAGGUGAAUAGGUUUUAUUCCCAGGAUGGUAUGUUUUCACUAGAAUUUUUCAAGACAGUUCUACAGGCUUGGCUUCCAACUACCUUGAUCCUGCCAGUAACACAAACAGCUUUUGUGCAUGUGAAUAGUUUCAUUGGAGUAUUGAGUCCUGAGGUGUGUAUUUGCAGGAUAAGGCCUACUACAUUUGAGUCUGCAUUCUUUGUGCAUCCAAUGCACCUGGAGAAGUCAAUUCCAGGAAUGCAGUGCAUCUACAGUAUGUAUGUUCUAGGACGUUUUAGAAUAAUAACUCUUGGGCUGUCUGUGUUUUAUGGGUUUUGUCUUGUUUAUUUCACUGAAAUUACUUUGGAAUCAGGUUUGUUUAUAGUAGCUAGUGUUCAGAGCAUGUGAUUUUAGAAACAUGGGUCUGUUUCCAACUCUGCAACUGACUUUACAAUAUGACCUUAAGCAACUCACUUGUUGGUCUGGGCCUGGUCUCUGGCAACACUUGCACACAUGAAUAAUCCUAUUAAAUCCUAUGUCAGUGUUUGCAAGAUUGUGAUUUUCAGGAUUAAAGCCCAGCACUAGAUCUGGGUUGGUCUCCAGCUCUAGUGCUGUGUCAUCACAUAUAACCACUGUGUCUCAGUUUACCCCUCUGCAAAACUGGCAUAGUAAGCCUGACUUGAUGGGGGAUAUGAAAGGCUUCAUUUAUUAAAAAUGUCAGGUUCUUUGAAGCAUUGCACUAUAUAGUGCAAAGUGUUGUGAUGAUGUUUUAUUAAUAUCCAUGGCUCAUUUUCCUCACUUGUAAGAAAGGGUUAAUUACACUUACCCACCAUUGAGAUCCUCUGAUGACAAGUGCUGUACAAGUGCAAAGUGUUUUCAUUACAUUUUACCUAAUGUCUUUCUUUGGCUUUACAAAUUAACUGUUGAUUUAGUUUAUAGAUUUUUUAAAAAUUGCAAUUUAUUAUGGCAUUUAUUUAUUUUACACAACCACAGUUGUAGGCCUCCCCUCCUGUGGUCAGAUACAGGGCCUUUGGACAGACACAGGGAACUGCAUCAAACAAUCCUAUUUCAGGAUCUUUGUUUUACUUUUUCUGGGUGUUUUCUACACCCUCUUUUCUCACCCAUCUGAAAAACCAUCUUUUUGCAUCCUUUGUGCAAGCACCUCGUAUAUAUGUCUCUUUAAUAAGGGCCCAAUGCACAGCUCCACCUGACCCCAACUAAAAACAAAUCUGCCAGUAACUUCAAUGCAAAGAGAGCCACAAAUUACAGUAAUAAUCCAGCAUGCAGAAAAACAAAACAAAAAAGCCCAAACUGAGUCUGCAAACUCUUUUUUUGAAUGUGAAAGCAAACCCUGUCGAUACAAAUAUCGAGCAAGCUACCCCUCACCGCAGCAUCUCACUGAUAAAUAUCCUCUUGAGUUCAUCUCCAUGAGCAAUUAUUUCCUUGGUGCACUGUAUCUUGAUCGUGGUUUGGUUUUUUUUUAAAGAAAAUUAAUGUAUUUCUUGAAUGUGAUGUGAAUUCUAUGCACUUCCCCUACCCGCUCCCCUCCUCGCUCUCCAGACUUCAGAAAUAAAAAAAUAGCUUUUAGAAACCCGAUCUGUUGUUUGCGCAACACAAUCACUUUUUUUUUUAAAGCGACAGGGUGUCUAGACGCCCACGUGAUUGGGGGCCGGGGCUGGGCAGCGAUACUGCGCACUGCGAGUCACCGAGGCAAAGCGGCGAGGAGGGGGGAAGGAGAGGAGGAGGAGGAGGCUGUUGGCUGGCUAGAGAGCCGAGCUGGCGGACGGCUGCAAGGCUAUGGACACUGCUAGGUAAUAGCCACCUCACUUGGGAGCCCCCCUCCUCUUCGCAGGCCACCCCCUCCAAAAGACAAGGAACUCCCCCUGUCGCCCAAGGGAAGGAAGAAGAAAAAGGUGUGUGCGUGUGGGGAGAGACAGAAUCUUCUGCAAUGAGCGCUCUGUGAAGGAAGAAGGGAGUGGAAAAAGGAGGGGAAGGAGGAAAAAAAAAGGCAAAGCAACCCAAGCGAGCCAAGCAAAAGGAGCUGCUUUUUUCCCCCGUGUGUGUUGAUAGCCGAUGCAAGGACUGGAAAGGCUGCCUUGGAGGAGGAGAGCUGCAGCCAGAAGGGAAGGAAGAAGAGCGAACGGCUGCAUUAGCAUGUACUAGCGAGAGAAAGAGCGAGACAGAAGAGAGACUGAAGGGGGGGGGGGCAGGUGAUAAUUUCAGCGCCUGUCAUUCAUUAUAGGAUCACCCCUGCCACUUCUCACCCAUCCGUCCUUUUAUUUUGUAAGGGUUGGGUGGGAGGAGAGGUGGGGGCAACUGUAUUUUAAGAAAAACUGUCCCUACCUCCUGGUCUUUCUGAAAGGCAGCCAGGGAGAGGGGAGCGGAACCAGCCUUUUGGAAGGGAAGAGAGACUCCCACUUUUAAAUAUAUAUAUAUAUAUCUUAGCAGCCGCCUCGACGAUUUUUUUGGUGUGUGGAUUAAAAUCUUUGCUAAGAAGAAGGGGAAAAAGCAUCAGGAAGACUUGGGCGCUUUUUUAAAAAGGAUGUAACAUUCUUGGGUGCAUUUUUUUUAAAAAAAAUGUAAGUUUUUGUGAUUAUUCAGACGUCCACAUUUUAGUUUUUUUUUUAAAUUAUGAGUUCUUUUGGCUCUUUCUUUUUAAAAAUCCACCCCCUCUUGUAGAAAAUCCUUUUUUCCCAGUCCCCUUCCAAAAAACUCUUAUUUUUAUGGAAUCUAUGGAUAUGUUAUUACUAAGGAAAUAGGGUUUUUUUUUUUUAAAUCGUGUGCCUUCGUUUUGCAACACAGUUUUUGGGGGAUGGGGAACAUCUUGAUUUUUUUUUAUCUAAAACAGUCAUCCUCAUCUGAAACCAAAUGUGAUCUAGAGAUUUUGCAAUCACUUUGACAGACCUGCAACACAAGAAGAUCUGUUCUUCCCCUAUCUCUUUGACGGGGGAGCAUGUUUUCUGCAAUUCUUCUGAUACAGUGAACAUUUGAUUUCUCCCCUCCACCCCAUCUCUUUUAGUUUCUGUUCUCCCAGUUCCUAUUUAGAAGUAGUUGGUGAGAAAUUCUGAAUAGAUCUGUAUGAAACUGUAGGAUUUCCAGCGGCUUUUUGAAGGAUUUAAGAGAGACAGGAACAACUCCAGCCCUGUAAGAGACUGGCGUAUGUUACAGAUUGCUUUGGCUCUUCCACAACCUCCACCGCCACCAACCCUCCUCCCCACUAUAUCCCUAUCAUUUCAGGCUGCUUGUGUUGGCUGCCUGGACUCGGAUCCCGGAUUCUUCAUGAUUUGCGGACGACAUGCUCGUUUUUUAGCCGGGAAACCUUCUUCUCGUCCCGCAUGUUCAGGACCAAACGAUCGGUGCUCGUCCGGCGACUCUGGAGGAGCCGUGCGCCCGGCGGGGAGGAGGAGGAAGGAGAGCCCGGGGAACCAGGAGCGGACAGCCGGGCGCAUGGGGCUGGAGGCGGCCGGGGCUGUUGUAUGGGCAAGUCGGGGAAGAUCAGCAAAGCUCACCUCGGCUCGGAGGCGGAAUUGAAAGCGCUGACCCACGCGGUCCUGAAGAGGCUGAAGGAGAAACAGCUGGAGGUGCUCUUGCAAGCGGUGGAAUCCAAAGGGGGCACGCGGACCUCCUGCCUCCUCCUGCCCGGCAAGGUGGACUCCAAACUGGGCCAGCAUUGGUACUCGCUCCCUUUGCUGCUGUGUAAAGUAUUCAGGUGGCCCGAUCUCAGGCAUUGCUCGGAAGUGAAGAGGUUAUGUUGCUGUGAAUCUUAUGGAAAAACUCACCCGGAGCUGGUUUGCUGCAAUCCCCACCACCUCACCAGGCUCUGUGAACUAGAGUCUCCCCCUCCACCCUACUCCAGAUAUCCAAUGGAUUUUCUCAAACCAACUGAUUGUCCAGAUUCUGUGCCUUCCUCCACUGAAACAGGGGGAACUAAUUGUCUAGCCCCUGGGGGGCUUUCAGAUUCCCAAGUUCUUCAGGGGCCGGGGGAUCGGUCACACUGGUGCGUGGUGGCAUACUGGGAAGAGAAAACACGUGUGGGUCGGCUGUACUCUGUCCAAGAGCCCUCCCUGGAUAUCUUCUAUGAUCUACCUCAGGGGAACGGCUUCUGCCUCGGACAACUCAAUUCAGACAACAAAAGCCAGCUGGUGCAGAAAGUCCGCAGCAAAAUUGGCUACGGCAUCCAGCUGACGAAGGAAGUGGACGGCGUGUGGGUAUACAAUCGCAGUAGUUACCCUAUCUUUAUCAAGUCGGCCACACUGGACAACCCCGACUCCAGGACGUUGCUGGUUCACAAAGUGUUCCCAGGAUUUUCCAUCAAGGCUUUUGACUAUGAGAAGGCAUACAGCUUACAGAGGCCUAACGACCACGAGUUCAUGCAGCAGCCAUGGACUGGAUUUACUGUUCAGAUCAGCUUUGUGAAAGGCUGGGGCCAGUGCUACACAAGACAGUUUAUCAGCAGUUGCCCAUGCUGGUUGGAGGUUAUUUUUAAUAACCGAUGACUUGAGACAGAGAGGACUCAUGACAUUAUAACUACUUUGCUGCUAUUAUUUCCUUCUGAGUGCUUGCUUUUCAUGCAGACUUUUUUCUUUGUUUUUGUGUUUUGUGUUCUCUCUCCCCCGGCUGUUUUGAGAAAUAGCUUAUGGAAAGAAUUUUGCCUAUUUGUUUUAAAAAGUGUGAAUGACCAACAACUCAGAAGAGGAUGGGGAAGGUGUGGGAGGGAAUUAUAUAAAAUAAUAUCACUUAAUGCCUCUAAAAUUAUUACUCUGAAGUGAUUGGUGGAAUUCAGUCACAUGCUCCCUCUCUUGAACAAAAAGUAUUUAAUAUGAUUUUGACACACCAGAGGUCUGCUGCUGCCAAAGGUCUCCUCACCUUCCCUUGUCAUGCAGAGGGUGUGUGCACACACAUGCGUGUGCACACAGGGCCAUCUUGUUGCAGCUUCUGCUCGGAGUGGUGGCACAUUACUGCUACUUGUCAAAGUGCAGCAUCUUCAUUCUUGUGAUGUUAAGCCAAGUUCUCCCCAGUGGUAAUCACCCUGCUUUGUCCCUGACACAGGACAAAUGUAUGCGCCCAUGCACCCAGGAGGCAUUAGGAGCCAAUGCAGCAAAGUGAAACCUUAUCAUUCAGUUCCUUGCUCCUCUUCUCCCCUCCCCCCAAUUUUCUUUUGUGUAUGCUUGUUGCUUUAUUUAAAGAUCACAUCUUGUCACUGUUAUGCUGACAGUCCAUGGUGGAAGCAUGGGUUUUGGAAGACGCAUGCCUACACUUUGAGUGCUUUUAUUGUUUUAUUGAUACUAUGAGGAAAAAAAACCAUGCAUGGCCCAUGCUUUUCAAUUUGAGCUGAGACACAAACUAGGUGAGAAAAUAUACACCUAAAAAAGGAAAACAGAAACCUAGGGUAAAAUGUAUUCAUGAUCUUUGGUCCAUCAUAACCUGCCGUGAUCAGGUUAGAGCGGUACCAGUUGUAUCCAGAAACGCAGUUGCUCUUUCAUUUCUUCUUGAAUUCAUACUCUAGUAUGAUACUUUUACACUGUUCUUAGCUCAAUGAGCAUGUUUAGACCUUAACAUAAGCUAUUUUUCUAAAUAUAAAGGUUUAAAUGAACAAGAGAAGCAGUCUCAUUGGAACUUUAGCAUUGUAGUGCUUUGGAAAUAAAAAGAAAAAGAAAAAAAAAGGACUCCUUAAAAAAACCUUGAGAUUUAUUAAAGAAAAAUGUAUUUUAUGUUAUAUAUAAAUAUAUUAUUACUUGUAAAUACAAAAGACGUUUUAUAAGCAUCAUUAUUUAUGUAUUGUGCAAUGUGUAUAAACGAGAAAAAUAAGAAAGAUGCACUUUGCUUUAAUAUAAAUGCAAAUAACAAAUGCCAAAUUUAAAAAAAACACGAGAUUGGUGUUUUUUUUUCCUAUGGGUGUUAUCAUCCAGAUGAAUGUUUUUUCUAAAGGAGUUUAUGUUCCAUUAAAAAAUAAAAAUGUACACUUGAGCUGCUGUUUUGUAGAGUAACUCAUUUAUGGAUGGGAGUAGGGUUGAUGAAAAUCAAGUAAAAAGACUACCUGGAGCUGGGUCUAAGUUCCCAGUGAUGGGAUUAAGCAGACAUUGCUAUUUGACUAGGGGCUGACUAUACAGCUGCUGCUCAGGUUUCGGAGGGAGGGUCGACAGCUGGUUAGAACUAAGGAGCACACCA